AUGGCCGAAUUAAAACUUCGUCAAGACGUUACUCCCCUCGACAGGAGUCGAAAUGGGCAAGGAGACCUUAAUUAUGCAGUAGAAUGUCGUUCGACUGAUAAGAUCCUUGGCGUAAUCGAAGUUAAGAAAGAAGAUUUUAUGAAGGGGCUCGCCCAGGGUGUUUGGAAUUGUCACCGAUACUUUAUGGAAUGUUCGCUAGAUAACGAGGGGAAGCCAUCGUUUAAACUAUCGGAACAAGUGACCGUUGUGUACAAUGACGAAAAUUUGCAAGAUAAGGAGACACAGAAAUUAAGAGGGCGAGGUCAACAAGCAAUCAAACUUGCUGGAAAAAAUCUAAAUAUGUCAGAGUCUCAAUUUCCACGGUCUCUUUUUCCUCAAUUUACGGAAAAAGAUUUUAAAAAAGCAAGUGAGAAUUUUAAGAGUUACGUGAACUGGACGGAAUACAAUAAGUGGGUUGAAGCCGGAAGUCCGUAUGAAGAGCACGACGAAAUACUUAUGAAUCUGAAUCUCGAACAUAAUGAAUCUUCUCAAACAAGAUCAACUGGAACCCGACGAUAUGUUAACGGAAGAAGAGAAUACAGAAAUGGAAUUUACCCUAACGGAAAUUCCAGGAAGACAAAUCAUAAAGCCGGGAAAACAAGCAAUGCAACUCCUUCCAAUGAAGGAGCCAAAACCGCCGCUUGUAAGAAAAGUGAACAUUGUAAUCAAGGCUCUGGACCAAACAACGUUCCCAACACUAACAGGGUACACAAAUCAAAUGCUCCUAGAUCUACAAAAGGAUAA